AUGAAGUGUAUAAAAGCUAAAAGAUCUUCUGAAAGAUCAUUCAAUGUUUACUUCAGUAUCAACCAUGGGGAUGCAUUCUCUGUCAAUGGAGUUGAUUACAAAAGUUAUAUGAAGAUAACACAAAAUAAAUCUGACGCCGUAGAUUUCUGUAUGGAGCUGAUCAGAGAUGGAAGCAUUACCUUAGAUGAUGGAAGGAUCGAUCAGAUUGAUAUGAGUACUAAUUGCGGCAUAAAUUACGUGGAGAUAUGCAAUUAUGCAAAUGAGGACGACUUGGAAGAUGAUGCAGCACACGUGAAUAUAUCUGAUGAACAACACAUUCCAGCCAGUAAAGUACAGAAAGACACAAAUGUCCAAGCCCAGCCCUCAAUAUCGAAAAAUUCCUCGGUCGAACCCAACAAUGACAAACGUGAUGAACUCCUUUUCAAUACUAGUUCCCAUCAGCAGCAUCCAAAAACUCCUGAAAAUUAUGCAAUAAAACUACAACGAUUCAAGUUCAGUGGUAACGACCUCAGUAAACUAUCCAAAGAAAAAGGUGGAGCACAAGCUGCUAAAAUUAAGAAUGCUAUGGUGUAUAUGAUCGCGAAAGAUGACUUGCCACUAUCGGCCACGGAGAAGGAAGGGUUUCGUUAUCUCAUGAGUAUCGUGGCUCCAAAUUAUGAAGUACCAAAGAAGACAUCGAUAACGAGAGCCACAGAAGAAAACUACAAAGUUCUGAGUGGGAUUGUGAAGAGCAAACUGGCCAAAGCAGAGAAUUUGACUUUAACUACCGAUAUAUGGACUGAGACCAUGUCAACAAGAGGAUUUCUAGGUCUAACGAUUCAUUUUCUGGAGAAUGGCAAAAUGUCAUAUAUUGAAUUAGAUACAAUAGAGCUGGAUGAGAAUCGCAAAGCUCCCUAUCUCUCCAAGAUAUUUGAAGAAUUUCUGUUGAAAUGGAAUAUUUCCAAAGACAAAAUUACAACAGUAGUAACUGAUGGAGGUACAAACAUAAUAAAAGCAGUUAAAGAUACAUUUGGGGAACAUAAGCACAUAACGUGCUUUGCCCACAAAUUGAAUGUAGCUAUUUCUAAUGUUAUCACUGCAAACAAGGCACUGAGUUCAAUAGUUACUAAAACUAAAGAGAUUGUGACAUAUUGCAAGAGAUCAACCACUGCUGCCGACGAGCUUCGCAAGGCCCAGGAUGAUGACAACACUUUGCGUCUAGUUCAAGACGUCCCCACGCGUUGGAAUUCAACAUUUUACAUGCUGUGUCGUUUCGAGAAAUUAUCAGCCACCGUCAGUUCUAUUCUCUUGAAAUUACGAGGUUCUCCACCUAUGUUAGAUUCAGACGAGAUGGCCAUCGUGAGGGAUGCUAUUAACGUAUUGAGACACGCAGAGACCCUUACAAAGGAAUUCAGUGGAGCCAAAUACGCGACAACUAGUCGAGUGAUACCUGCUAUGUUCUGCUUCAGGGAGUGUCUGGCGGUAGUGCAGAACGAAACAUCGGUGGGGAAGAAUCUUCAAAAAGAGCUAAUGGCAGAGCUGGAUAAAAAAUUCUCUGACCUAGACAAACUGCCCUUUUUGACCAUUGCUACUCUACUGGAUCCACGGUACAAAAGAAUGUACUUUCCUUCUCCUUUGAUGUGCUCCAGUCUGCUGAGAACGGUGCAUAGUAUGAUAUCAGCUGAAACUAAUGCUCCUGAGGACGAGUCUAUUACUAAUGACGAAUCUGAGGCUACCAAUAGCAGUGAUGAUUUGUGGACGCACCAUCGAGAUAGGAUUCUUCAUCAGAAAAGAUACGCUCAAGAGGCUUCUUCAGACGAUUUGAAUAUUGACAUGAUGCAGUUCCUGAACAAGCCUAAUCUGAUGAAUAUUGAUCCAAUAAAUUUUUGGAUGCAUCACAAAGAAAACACACCAGCAUUAGGACGCAUUGCCCUGAAAUAUUUGUCAACAGUUGCCAUAUCAGUACCUUGUGAAAGACUCUUCUCAUUGGCCUCGAAUAUCAUCACAGAAAAACGGAAUCGUUUGAGUGCAGAGCAUCUCUCAAAUCUGAUUUUCCUGAAAUCCCUUGAUCGCCAGAAUUGGCACCUAUCAUAA